UGGCUUCAAAAGAUUCUCCAAGAGUAAGACAUUCAAGUGUAAAUCUUCUAGGGAAUAUUGUUCUUAGUGAUCUUGGAAUCGCAAAAGAUAGUGAAAAGGGAUCGGAUUCAGAGAUUGAAAAUGAAAUGUCGCAAAAUAUUGCCGAAAAGGUACCUGCAGAAAAUGAGUCCACUUCCGGUGAAAGAAAAAAUACACGUUCAUCGACGAAAGCUGCAAAAAACAACAAGGUAAAGGUAAAAAAAGACACCAAGAGGAAAGACAAAGGUGACGGAGAGGGAGUUGGCAAGAAAGUAAAGCCAGCACACCACGUCAAAGAUUGUUGGAUGAUACAAAGAAAGCAGAUGACCUUAUCGCGGAUGGACUUGAAUUAG